AUGGCAGAGGUCUUUCCGGUGUCUUUCUUCUUCUUGCCGGUGGCCCCGCGUUUGCGCUUCUGCCGGGAAGCCCUCACCUCCUCCUGGCACUCGGCGACCACUUUCUGGUCGAUCCUGAAGUCUCGGUCGACGCGGCUGGUCACCCACUUGGGUAGGUCCAGCGAGCCCUUGCACUGCUUGCCCAGCAGGAGGAGCUGGACAUCGCACUCUUCGAUCUGCAAGAGCGGCAAGCCAGGUAGUAGGUUCGGCAGGAGUUCUUGGAGGGCCUUGGUGAAGCCCUGCUUGGUAGCCAGCACGUGCUUGAGGCCCGCGCCAAUCUUCUCCACAGACCUCCCGGGCAUCUUGCUCGCCAGCAGCACGGUCAGGGCGUUCAUCACCACGCGGAGGCGGUCGCACACCAGGGUCUCCCUGCGAUCGAGGGGGUCUCUCUCGCCGACCCCGCCGUCGCUCCUUAUCCCAGCGGCGUCUUCGUCCGAGUCAGAGUUGCGGCCGAAGUCGGCGCAGGACCCGUCGUCGGAGCUGAGGUCGUCCUGA